AUGAAUCAUUUUGGUAAUCAUUGUACUAACACAAGCGGUGUUGUUUGUCAUAACAAUUACAACUGUACUAUUGAUAACUCUAUCCAUUAUGCGGAUACACGUGGUGUUGUUAGCCAUCACCGAGAGAAUAUUACUGGCCAUCAUGGACUGGUAUUUCCGGCGGCUACAAUGAACGGAUAUGGUCCUGCAACUAGUUUUCCAGAUAUGAGGGAAAAUGGGCACUUGAUGGUGAAUCAAAAUAGACCUGUGACGCUACGACCAUCAAUGUCCCAGCAGCAACCACAACCACAACCACUGUCUGAUGAGUAUAAUAAGGUGGAGACGGGGACUGCUGAGCAAGUCUAUGUCCCCUCUCGAGACUAAUGAUUGGCGUCGCAGAUGUUUCUAUGUUCAACUAUAUUUGGUUUUAUUUUGGUUGCUAUUUCCAUUUUGUUUCCAUAUGUUUUUCAGUUUAAG